GUAAAAGGGACUUACCCUUCUCAUCUUCAACCUCUUGGAUCCCAACGCCAAAACACAGCACGCUCUGGUCGCGCGUUGCUAGAGACUGCACUCCAACAUGGAGCCCUUCUCAUUCGUCAGUUCCGACUCCCUAGAAUACCCUGUGAGCAUUCGAGUAAUCAACCUCGAGGGUGUCGAGGCUCCGCUCCGGUUUUCCACUCUUCUUGAGCACCCCGAACUCCGGCAUAUCGGGUCCAACCAAAGUCCCCACUCAGAUCUCUAUAUCACGGUCCAGGUGUGGGCCGGAUCCAAGCCGUUGACCGUCCCGGUCCAAACCGCUUACAAGUCUUUCCGGACCGAGAGACGCUGGAACGAGUGGCUCACGCUCCCCAUCACCUACUCAACCUUACCCCAGAACUCGCGCCUCGCCAUUACCAUCUGGGACCUGUCCCCGACCGGAGGCCAGGGCGCACAGGGGCACGCGAUCCCCUUUGGCGGCACAACGCUUGCGCUUUUUGAUAAGGACAAUCAGCUUCUCAAGGGCCGUCAAAAGUGUCGUGUCUACAGGCACAGACAGGCCGACGGCAACGAUGACACCAAAACCCCCGCCGUCCUUGCUAAGAGGAAGGCGAGGAAAGGGGAGCCCGAGGCAAGGGAGGUUGACGAACUAGAUCGCAUGGAGAAACUGUUUAAGAAGCAUGAGAUGGGCGAGAUCCCCCGUGUCGACUGGCUCGACCAACUCGUCUUCCGAGGUUUUGAGAAGCGCGGCCUGCAGUCCGUCAAGACAUCUCUAAAGGCAGCCCAACAAGCCAAGGUCGGGCAAAUCGAUGGCUUGAAUGGUGGUGAUGACGCUGGGUCUGCGCCAGAACCGUCAAGCUUUGUCCUGAACGUUGAGCUCCCAAGGUUCGACUUUCCGGUUGUCUUCGCCGACCACCAGUACCCGCCUCCACCUGUCUCGUCCUAUCUACAACUUUCGUCGUCCCAAUCAAACGUCAUCCUCAAGCCGCCGCCUGAGGUUCAGUUAGGUCCGGGCAUCAACGCGAUGGAUGAUGAUGAGAGCUAUGGUGGACGCUUGAUCCGUGUCUACGACCCGGAAGUCUCUGCGAAGGAUAACCCGGCAGAAAGCAAGCACCGGAGGCUUGUCCGCAGUCAGCAUCGGAAUGGCAUUCUGGACAAGGACCUGAAACCGAACGCCAAGGUCCGAGACGAACUGAACAUGAUUAUGGCGUAUUCGCCAACCCACAUGCUGUCGCCCGAAGAAAAGGAUCUCAUUUGGAAGUUCCGCCAUCAUCUGACGCGCGACAAGAAAGCUCUCACCAAGUUUGCCAAGUCGGUCAAUUGGCAAGACCAGUCAGAGUCGAGGCAAGCAGCGCAGAUCCUCGGGAAGUGGACCGACAUCGACGUCGACGACGCGCUGGAACUGCUGGGCCCCACUUUCGAUAACCCGGCCGUGAGAGCCUUUGCUGUCGACCGCCUACGCAAGGCCGAUGACCAAGAGCUCCAGCUGUACCUGCUGCAGCUGGUCCAAGCCCUCAAGUACGAACACAUCUCGCCCCAGCCUGAUCAUGAGAUAAUCCAGGACUCCUCCUUGGCUCGCUUCCUCAUCUCGAGAGCCGCCGACAACUUUACGCUUGGAAACUACUUCUGGUGGUACGUGAUGGUGGAGUGUGAUGACAAGUCGCAGGACCAAGGACCGGUGAACCAGGCCAUCUACGAGAAAAUCGCAUAUGACUUCAUGACUGAGCUUGUCAAGAGGCCAGGCGGCGAGGAGAGCCGAAGGAAUCUGAAGAGACAGGGCGAGUGGAUCUUGGUUCUCUCCAAAAUAUCCGGCGAGAUCAAGGAGUCGAAUGAAUCCAUCGCCAAGAGGACGGAACGCGUGAAGCACUUCUUGGCCGAUCCCAAAAAUGAGCUCGUCACCAUCGAUCCGCCACUCCCGCUGCCUCUUGACCCAACAGUAGAGAUUAUCGGCGUUGUGCCGGAAAGCACAGUGGUCUUCAAAUCUUCGCUGCACCCAAUCAAGGUCUCCUUCAAGACCACCGCUGGCGGCGAAUAUUCCAUCAUCUUCAAGACGGGCGAUGACUUGCGCCAGGACCAAUUGGUAAUCCAGAUCAUCACGCUUAUGGAUGAGCUACUCAAGAAGGAGAAUCUUGACCUCAAGCUUUCUCCGUACAAAAUCCUGGCCACCAGCACGACCGCAGGGUUGUCGCAGUUUGUCCGCUCCGCGAGCUUUCAAGCCAUCUCGUCCAAGUACCGCAACAACCCGGCGCUCGCCUAUCUCAAACAAAACAAUCCCGACAGCCAGGGUCCCAUGGGCCUGCGAAAAGAAGCCCUGGACACGUUCGUCAAAUCCUGCGCCGGCUACUGCGUCAUCACCUACAUUCUCGGCGUCGGCGACAGGCACCUGGAUAACCUCCUCCUCACCCCGCACGGCCACUUCUUCCACGCCGACUUUGGCUAUAUCCUGGGCCGCGAUCCGAAACCGUUCGCGCCGGCUAUGAAGCUUUCCAAGGAGAUGGUCGACUGCAUGGGCGGCUCCAAUUCGGAGCACUACCGCCAGUUCAAGCAGUACUGCUUCCUGGCGUACAGCGCGCUGCGCAAGAACUGCAAUCUGAUUCUCAAUCUGUUCACCCUCAUGGCCGACGCGAACAUCCCGGACAUCAAGCUCGAGCCGGACAAGGCGGUCCUCAAAGUCAAGGAGCGAUUCCACUUGGAGCUGGAUGAGGAGGAGGCCAUUCGCCAUCUGGAGAGGAUCAUGGACGACAACCUCAAUGCAUUGGUGCCGGUCGUGAUUGAUAAAUUGCAUGAGUUGGUGCAGGCUUUCCGGGCUUGAAGCCAUUUGGUCCGCGUUUAGGGGCGUUACGAGGUCAUUUGGUUGUAGGGUAGUUUUUGAGCGUACUGUGUGAUUUGGUUAUUCGGUAUGGAUGCCUCAAUGCGUUCUAAUGCGCUGUCUCUGCAGGCGCUCUUGGUGUUGUACGGGGUUCUGGGUUGAUGGCUGAAGCGGCCUUUUCCUGGAAAGCGGGUUACACAGAAAGCGAUUGAUACCGGAACCAUAAAUCUUCACAGUCUAUCACAUCUGUGUCCUGCGACAUGCACAGACAUGACUAUAUGUCUGCACCAUCUAUGUGUC